UUAACCCCUUAAUGCAAAGAGCAAUGGGCCUACUUUACACCGCUUUUAUAGUGAAGGUCUUGGUCUCCUCAGUAGUGUAAUAUUUCUUCUUUGAGUAUUGUAGGAUGCAGGCUUAUUAACCAGGCAGGAGAUGUCUUAGUUCUCUGUAGUCCUGUCGUUAAAAGUGGUCUUUGAACGCAUCAUGAAGUGUUACAGCAGAGGCGGUCUCUUUGAAGUGAAGUUUACGCGCUGAAGUUGAAUCCUCCGGCUGAGACUCAUGAGUGACUUUGAGGACAUGGACUCCUUCUGGGAAUCAUGGAUAACACCUGGGAAAAGAAAGAGAGGAAAGGAGUCCAAAGAGAACAAAAAGAGGCCGAAAAACAAAAACAACUCGGCCGUGAAGACAGACAAGCCCACCCAGAGAAAGAAGAAGAAGAAGAAGAAGAACUCCAAAUUUAAAGAGGUGAUGAAGAGCAGGAAAGAAGAGAGAAAGGAGAAGAAGAAGGGAAAACACAGAUUGGCUCUUGAACCAGAUGACAGUUUUGUGGUAGCACAGGGCAGUGGUGGACAAGCAAAGCCUGCUGGGAAGCCCCAAACCCUGAAUCCACUCAACAGAGACAAGCUACAACGUGAUGGUCUGACUGAAGACCCCAAGAAGAAAGACAGGAGGAAAAAGAAGGUUGCAUUUGAUCUGUCACCAGGCUACAUCCGAGUCAGACGUCCCACAUGUGUGUCCUCAUCUCAGCAGUCUCCCAAAGAGAGCCUCUUCUCAGAGAGUGAACCUGUGAGGGAGAGCUGCUCCCAGGUCACCAUGACACCACACAACAAUGAGUCUCAGUGCAGCAGUGAGGACAUAAACAGCCAGGACCUGUUCAUUACCCAGAAGACCUUUAGAGCUCCCCCCUCCCAGCCCUCCAGUGAUGAAGCCAGCCAUAUAGCCAUGGCACAGAUGGAGCAGCAUUAUGGAGACUCAUUUCAACGUUCACAGGACACACAUUUCUAUCAGCACCACAGAGAGACCACUGAGCAUGUGCAGAACCCAAAGACAGAGCGGGUACUCCCCACUGAAAAAAGAGAAGAGGACAGGAUGGUGAGGAAGGAGAGGUGUUCUCUCCAGUCACACACAAUCCAUGCUAAAGGAAAGAAAGAUCCACGUCCCAUCUACACCAAGCCCAGAGUGGUCCAUCCUUUCCUGGAGCCGGUUGUUGUACUCCCCUCCCCAGAGGUCUCAAAGUCAAAGAACAAGUCCCUGUCUUCCAGCCAACAGUCAACUACCUGUCGUCAGUCGAUCAGGCCCCCCAAAGUGUCCAUGACAAGCACUUCCACACAGACAGAAAACUUCUACACCACUGAACUCUCCUCAUACCUCAAAUUUAGCCAAAAAGAUGGAGGAGCUGUACUCUCUGAGGAGGACUUCAAACCUUUGGACCUGAGCCUGCCGGUCAGGGCCAGAAGAGAUCCGGGGAAUUGUCUGUCAGUGAAGACAUUUUCUGUUUCAGGAGAGACUGAAAGUGACAACCAUAAAAACCUGCAUCCCUCCUGUAUCUCGGAUACCAUAGAGGUGCUGAAAGAGCCCAGAAGUGACAGAGCCGGGAGCUCGCAGUCAGAGUCCGACAACAAGUCUGCAGACACCACCAUCUCCAGCGAGGACAGCCAGCAGUCCUCUCGCACAGGCAAGCUGGACCUGGUUCAGGUCCGAGCAGUCCAGAUGAGACUCAAUGAGUCCUUCUUUUUCAAGACAAAGGGAGAGGGCCACUCACCGAGGCCGGAGUCUCCCCUGAUGAAGGCGGCUCAGAGCAACAGAGAGGUGAAGAGCAAAAAGGCUCACUGAAGAUUCCUCUCAGCGUUUGGAAGUGUUUGGAGCUGAGCUCAAAGAGAAGCCAGGUUUGAGAUUUAUAGGGAGAAUACAAUUCAACUGUUGAAACUGGGUCUGAAAAUGUGAUGUCACUCUCUAAGGAUAGUCAUUCAGUCUUUGAGAAGUUUCCCAGAGUGACCUCCUCCAGAACAGACACAUAUUUCUGGUAGUUUCAGGACGACUUUACUCACAGGUUUGUUAAAGUUCAUGUAAGACUGUUCUUUAACGUUGUUCUCAGAGUGUUUCUGUUGCACACUCCAAGUGUUCCACUUAGAUAUCAGCUUUGGUUUAACAGUUCUUUGGACUUUGAAGACAUCAAAUUGUGAUUCAUAUCUGUUAGUUGUGUUUUGUUGUUUCUGCAAAAAAGUCUUUAACAAUUAAAAUGAACUUAUUGUAUGGAGA